AUGAUUAGCACACAUCAGCCUGCAAAUUCAACAGCACCACGCAUCCGACUCGCGUCGAUGCUACAAUUGGCCGAGGCGAUAAGCAGGGAAGACGACUGGACUGGGACCAAGGAUGCCGCAGCACGUAGACGGGCACAGACUAGACUCAACACAAGGGCAUACCGAAAACGCAAAGCCCUAGCAAAGAAAGUCGAAGUAUCCAGUGCCGCGACCGGGACACUGAUCAAAUCAGAAGCGCUGGUGGAAUGCUGGGACAUUGAGCAGCAAUCCGUCUCCAUCGUCCCGGCAUCCCGUAUCAAGCAACUAUACAAUGCGAGAAAUCCCUUGCUGCUAGAUAAACCUAGAAAAGAGCAGUUUAACAUUGUCUUCCCCCUCUGUCCAGACCACCUCAUCACACUCCUCCAAUUCAACGCCCUCCGCGCCCUGGCCGUCAACCGCACUCUAAUCUCGGGCAUCCUCGUCACGCCGCUCGACUGUGAUGAGGAGGUUAUCCACGUCAUCCCCUACCCUACCAAGCCCGAACUACUCCCUUCAACGCUCCUGCCCACCACCCUUCAACAAACGGUGCCGCACGGCGACUGGAUCGACAUGUUCCCGUGUCCCGAGGGACGAGACCGCCUGAUCCGGGCCGCCGGCACCUUCGACGAGGACGAGCUGUGGGCCGACUGUAUCGGCGGGCUGUACGAGGGCUUUCCCGACGACGAGGUCGAGCGACGCGGCAUUAUUGCGUGGUCGCCGCCCUGGGACAUCACGGGGUGGGAGAUGUCGGAAGGGUUUCUGAGGAAAUGGAGGUGGUUGUUUAAAGGGUUGCCGGGGAUGUUAGAGGCGACAAAUCGGUGGCGGAUGGAGAGAGGCGAGGAGCUAUUUUUUCAUGAUGACUGCACGUUACAUUCAACUGUGUGA